AUGGAGUCCAGAGGGAAGUCGACCAACAGCCUCAAGACCGAUGCCAAGGCUGCCGCUGAGGCCCGCGCACCCGCCGCCGUGGACGGGAAAGCCCCCCCAGCUAAGCCCGGGAAGAAGGAGGCCCAAGCGGAGAAGCAGGAACCUCCAGCAGCCCCCACCCUGCUGCCUGCCAAGAAGACCCCGGCCAAGGCAGACCCUGCCCUUCUCAACAACCAUAGCAACCUGAAGCCGACCCCCACAGCCCCCAGCAACCCUGAUGCAACCCCCGAGCCCAAGGGCCCCGGGGAUGGGGCCGAGGAGGACGAGGCCUCCAGCGGGGGCCCAGGGGGACAAGGCCCCUGCCCUUUCGAGAACUUGACCCCCCUGCUUGUGGCUGGGGGCAUGGCUGUGGCAGCUGCAGCCCUGAUCCUUGGUGUGGCCUUCCUGGUCCGAAAAAAAUGA